AUGGUCACUGGAGCUGCCCACACGAGAAAGCAACUCUCCUCAAAAAAUGGUUGUGCUCCUGGAUCGAACGGAUUAUUUAGCUACAGGAAAAAAAAUGGAAAUUAUGUCGCCGAAUCUCGAGAUGAGUUCGAAGAAACCCCUUUCCAUGCCGCGGUGAUGACCUAUCUCUCCUAUUUCUUUUUAAUAAUUUUCGGUUAUUUCCGUGACUUUACGCGUAACCAUGGAUUAGAAAAAUACAAGGCAGUUAAAGAAAACGGCAAUGAGGUGAGAAAUAAUUUUAAUUAAGGUUGGUAGUUAUAUUUGGGGAAAGAGGUGAUUUUUGAGUGCUCGUUCGCUUUGAAUACAUCGAGAACAAUGGAAGUGAAACUCUGGCAAACCGGUAUUAUGUUACAUAACACGUUACAGCACAAAAAUAUUAGUAAAACGCCUUAUGCAGAUCGAUGGAGAAAUAUUUAUGUGAAAAGCAAUAAUGGCCUCUGGAAAAAGGAAUAUUGCUCUUAGCUACUCAUGUAUAAUUUGAACAGGUGACGAUUAGAGAGUCUUCAAGAAAUUUUAUAACCCGGCAGCAAGCUAGGAGAACCUCGAUUGUAUCAGCCGAAGAAUCAGUUUAAAAUAUUUUUGCUUGGGUAAACUAGGAAAUUGAAGGUUUGCAUUAUUUGAAUAGUGGUUUGUAGAGAAGUACCUAAAAUCUACUUUUCAUUUGUUGUUGUUUCACAAUACUAUUUAAAUUUUUUUUCUAAACUUUGAACUUUUGAAACUUUACGCGUGCGCAACAGUGCGUCUGAAAAGUGGCGUGAUCGCUAAAAUUUAUGCCGGCGCGUAAAAGUCACCUACCCCCGGUUGGGAGCGACUCUCGUUUAAAAGGGACGAGAAUACUCGUCGCAAAAUAGGAAUUAAACAUUUUAAGUCUGGUGAGGGCUCUGGCGUUAUUUUUGUUGUAUGUUUUUCAUUUUAGUUAAUUAAGUUAGAUACACGGCAUUCAUGGAAAACAGGUAUAGUUUAGUGUAAUUUUGUGGGUUCUUUCUACACAACCCUAAGCUAAACUUGUUGGGUGACAAUAUUACCUUUCUAUUCUAAACAAUCUAAGAGAGAACAAAACCUGCAAUUCAUCUCCCACCCAUGGUAAUAUGGCGGCGAGCUUCCGUCCCUUCCAUAUGGGAGUCCUCUCGGAUUCCAAUGAGAAGUGACUGUCAUGUUCACCUUAUUUAGAGCUGUGUAUUUGAUUUGAACCCGUCCGCUUAUGUAGUUUUUCUAGUUACACUUUUAGGUUCGGCAUUCAUAAAUAUCAAUUAGUAACGUCGUUUUAAAGUCCUAGUAGUAUUUGUAACAUAAUUAUUUUAAUCACAGCUAUAAAAAUGCCGUGCCUGAUUUUGGCUUGUUCGGAAAAAGCGGCUUUUGUAUGUGGUAUUCGAUGGUAUGCAAAUAUUUUUUCGGACCUAACUAUAACAGAAACACUUCUAAGUUGUGGUGUAAAUUCUCAUCCUUCAACAUGUGAAUCACUUUUUAACAAUUGUUGCUCUUUUAAACUGAAACACUUCAAAUUCAUUAGUCCUUCUCGUUGUUGACUCAGCUAUGAGAAUCGUUUUACAAUUUGCAGCUGCGGCAAGAUAUCGAAGAGCUUUCAGUUUUCUAUUUAUAAUUACUUAAUAGCAAGAUCGUCAUAGCGAAAAGGAAAAAAAGGAUAGUUCCCUCUUGCACCCAUGGCAAUUAAGUUUUUAAACAACUAUCUGCAAGACCUUGAACAAUAAUACUACGAUCAUUGAUAAAGAGUUGAGAAUUCCGUCCAGAAUUCUCUUAAGAUCUGCUCAGGUUCUGCCAUUAACUCUUUGGCUCUCAGAUUGUAGUUUUUCAAAAUCUGCUGCUGUCCUCUUUCCAAUUAUUACCGUCGCCGUUUACUGUCUCUAUUAGCAACGAGUUGAAUUCACUCUCGAGGACUAAUCGUUCGUCACUGAAUCGUACACGAAAAUCUCCCGAAAUUGUACCGAGCGGAAAGGAAACCCAGUACAGUAUAUUUCUUUUGUUGUUUUGAAUGCUUUUGAUGUUGCGUUCGUCGGCAAACGAGAAAAACCUAACGGACGCCAAAUUAACUUAUGCAAUCAAUUGAUAAAAGCAAAUUUUUUCAGGCAAUAUUUCGAUAUAAGUUGAAUUUUUCUUGCAUAAUAUUUUCUUCUCAGAAGAUUGAAUGUUGUUAGGAUAUAUUUUGUAGCUGUGCCAAAAUUAUUAAACAAUCCGCUAAUUACCAAAUAGUCAAAAUCUCAGAAAAAACCGUGAACUAUCAUAGCGUUAUAUCAGAAAUGAGCGACCACAAGACUGAGCUUUUCUGAGUUACCAAAGGGUUUUACAACGCUUGCCUGACUUACACUUCACUUAAUGAUUCGUCUUUGCACGGCUACACGACCCUUAACUAAUUACAGAACAAUUUGAUGGGGUAGGCUGGCAUUCAUGAUGUGCUUGUUAGGUUUGCUUUUGUUAUGAUGUACAUACAGUGUUGGUAUAAAUACAAUGAUCACACACAAAAAAAAUACCAGCCAUGAAAAUGAUUUCCAAAUUUAAAAAAGGAAAGGUUUUUAGAGAAAUGUUUAAAGACGCAAUGAAAGAGUGUAAACAGAUCGGAUCCAUGUUCUAAUUCUUGGGCGGAUAAAGUCUAUAAGGUGGGUAUAUCGGAAAGUACUCGUUUUAAUGAUGUUAACUGACCAAUGAAGGCAAAGAAGAGUAAUUAAGCUGAAAUGACUUCGAGGACCUUCCAGAGGUCUGGGGGAAUAAGAGAACAUAAAAUGUUGAUAAUUUCCUUUUAAGAAACAAGGCGAACCGUUGAACAUUGUAUCUUGAAAAUCAAGGAGGAAACUUUAACUAUUGUAGAAAGCAAGGGAACAAUAGCCAUCCCCAUUCUCCCCUUUUGGAGCGGCCCUCACUAUUGAGGCGCAUCGGUAUCGUAUCGGUUUCAGCAUAAUCAACCUAUCUUAUGCAAAUGGCCGAGAGUUGGUUUUCUAAAUAAUGUCGUGCAUUUAUUUAUUUAUUUUUCCUCUCCUUCGUUUUGUUAGGGUUUUGUACCACUCUACUCUGAUUUUGAGAGUUUCUACACCCGGAACAUGUAUACUCGUGUUAGAGACUGCUUUAACAGACCGAUCUGUAGCGUUCCAGGUGGAGAGAUAGACCUGCUUGACAGGGAAUCAGAGGACUGGAACUGGACCUUCAGGUAUGGUUACCCAGGAGCUUGUUAACAGGCUCUUGACCCUCGCGCUGAAACUGGGCCUAGUUGGGCAAAAAGUACUGGGACUAGUUUGGAAUGGACCUUAAUUUCGGCGCUUUUGAUUGCGAUCGCUUACUUUUUGCCGUAUACAGUCAAUUAUUUCGGACACCCUCAGCUCUGCGAUCGCGAAUCGUUGUGCUCCAUUCCCCACCUCAGAAGCUCAAGGGAGGAUGAAUGCAAGCUUUAGCUGCAGUGAUUUCUGGGAACGCCUGCUUAGUUAUGACUGGUUGAUAGUAUUCAAGGCAACCCAACCAAUCAAAACUAACGCUUGUCCUCCCAAACGAUUCCAGAAAUGGUUGCGCCGUAAGCUUGUACCCAUUCCCUUAUCGUUUCUGAAGUGGAAAAGCGAUCGCGAGAGUCCGUAAGUAAAAAUAGGGCCUGAGUAGAAUUUGCUUAGAGAACAUUUGCAUUAGAGAGGCAUGGCACAUAGUUGUAAGCCGCUCGAUUGAUGCGCAAUAUAGGAAUCGUAAAUCCAGCCAAAAAGACAACUGGAUGCGAUGAUAAAAGACGGAUGAAUAUCUUUUUCAAGUUGUUUGUUAAUGUUGAAAGAGAAUAGAAAGAAGCUUUACAUAGCUACGCCUGGGGAGCUACUUAACAUGAUUUUAUAUGGUAAGGCUCUACCUAGAGUUCUAACCCCUUAGUAACCUUAUAUAUACCACUUUUGGCAAAAAAAUAGUAUCCCUUUCGUGUUCCUUCCAUAGAAAAAUGGUGCCCAUUUCAAAUACCUAGUAACAGUAAGUCUUGUUUUCAUUACAUGCAGCGCUUAAUAUUAAAUUAAAUGAUACGACUGUAAGGUGCGUCUGUUCAAAAUAUUUCAAUUAAGGGUCUUUUAAAUACCAAAAUGACAGAUUUUUCUACACUUUGACCGUAUAGGCCAUCAUAGGGAGUACCCCAACCCGUAACUUCGCCAGCGGGAGUACGUAAUUACAGGAGUGUUUUUCAGUCAAAAAUCUGUAAUGGUCCAUAUUAUUGGGGUGUCUGUAAUAACGAGGUUUUCGCAAUGCGAGAGUUCGGUAUACUUCACCAAGGGAGCUACUGUGUCGCAAAACGACAGCAGUUAGGCCUCGGCUGAUUGUGCUCCUGAAAAGUGGCAAAUUAUGCAGAAAUUAAUGUAUAAGUCCCUAGAUUCCCAAAUUAUGCUCACGAGUUUCUGUUACUUGGCAGUGCAAAAAAACUUUCAGAAGCAUUUCGCAAAUAAGUGCCAAGAUUUUCGUCUUAUGUUCGAUGACGUUCCUUUUUCUUUAAAUUCACAGUUACCCUGGAACGAAGACCAGGGCGUUGAAUCUUGCAUCAUACAACUAUCUUGGGUUCGCCGAGAAUUCUGGGCCAUGUUCAGAAGCCGCUGACCAGGCGGUACGCAGAUACGGUGUUGCGGGUUGUAGCCCAAGAAAUGAAUAUGGUGAGCGAAUAAUUUACAUUAAAAAAAUAAAUAUGGGACUUUUCUUUUAGCAUCUAUUCCCGAUUGUCUAGCAAUCUUUUCGCUCUGUAAAUGCUUGCUUUUCUCCCUUUCUGAUAUCUUUGUUCGACUUUGUAAAAGAUGUAUGAUGACAAGUAAAAUCCUUUUCUUAUCUCAUUUACGUCACAUUGCCAGCCUGUGGAGUGAGAGGGACACUUUGGAAACUUGAUGAGAAUACCCCGAAGGUUCCUCUAGUCAGUCACGAUACCUUUCGUUGGCUAGUCGGUCUAAUUGUACUCAGCAUUUAACCUCGUGGCAUCAGGCCUAAUCUGGGGUAUUACGUCGCCUUUAGAUCGCAUAAUGUUUUUCGCAAAUGUUCCUAAAGUCGCCUAAAGUUAUCUGCUUUAACGCGCCUUAAGGUGCCAGAGUAGGUCUUGGUGCCUAUUUAAAAUGUUCACGUGCGAGUCACGUUUUGCGGGCAUGUUGAUAGCGUCAUUCUAAAUAGGUAACGUGGUCAUUAACAUGAGAAACGUGUCCCCAACAGAGGACAUAUACAGUUCCCAUUUUAACUUCCCCUGCCUUCUCUUUUGCCUUCUGUAUUGUAAUCUGUGUGAUAUUUAAAUUCUUAUUAUCAGGCACUCUCGCCAUUCACAACGAGCUGAAAGGCCUGGUUGCACGUUUUGUCGGUAAACCUGCAGCUAUGGUGUUUGGAAUGGGAUUCGCCACCAACUCCGCAAAUAUACCCGCCCUGGUGGGGAAAGGAGAUUUGAUCAUCAGUGACGAGCUCAACCACACCUCCCUCAUCUUAGGAGCGAGACUUUCAGGAGCUAAAAUUAAAGUCUUCAAACAUAAUGGUAAAAUGAAUUUAAUAACUAUGUCUGGUGUAUAACAUUCGAUAAGAAUUAGUAAAGCGCCGUAGAUGGUUCGAUAAGAGCUUUAGCAACGGCGACGGCAACGAGAACUGCUAAAAAGCGAGAGGUUUAGAUUGGCAAAACAACAUCUCUGCGGCCGAGGAGGAUAACACCCUCCUUGAUCUACAUUUUUCUUCAGAUGAUAUUCAGCCUCAUUCUUAUUAUUCAUUCAAAAUAAUUCCUAGUUUAAAAACAAGCUAAAACAUGCUUACCUUCAUCAAUGUUAAGUUCAUCUUCGAUAGUGCACGUUUAGGAGAUAAAGGUUAACUUUGUUUAGUUCUGCAAAUAUUUUCCAAAUAGCAGAUGUCGUUGGUCGAGUUGUCUUCUUGCGGUUCUUGCUAUGUUUUUAGCCAAUAGUUCACCUAUUUCAUCCUCGUGAAAUGAGUGAAAUGUUCCGCCUUCGGACUUCUCGUUCUUGUACUUUAUAAGUAUUUACUACCAAAAAUCCCAACCUCGUCCCCAGGUCUUCUCGGUUAACCGUUCAAUAAUCUGGCGAUUUUGCUGUACGAUUGAGGUCAUCAGUUCACAUAUCGCAAAAUUCUUCCAGAUUUGGUGGACAGUAGCUGGUUAUGAUGAAUUAUACGUGGGAUUCAAUCAGAAACGGAGAAAUAUUGUGAAUAAAUGAUAUUCCUAUUUUCCUGCGCUCGGUUCAAGUAGCACGCUUUUAAAGCACUUGGAGCUGUAGCAUUUUUCUCGUUUUUUUUUCACUGUUGAAUACCAUGUUUUCCGAUGUUUAACACCCGUAAACGGAACUCCCUCGCUUUACAAGUAUUCAACACCUGAAAAGUGCGGUGAGAGGGAGCGAUAUGUCCGCUGUAGCCUGUUUGCGCCUUUUGCAUUGUUUCCCAAGCAGCCGAUUUUGUCUCGUCGCGCAAAGGUCCUCCCCAAGGGGAGGGGGAGGAGCGUUGGGUUACGAGACAAAAACGGCUGCAAGGGAGGCUACCCAUUGCACAGGUUGAGCACAAGACUCAACUGCUAAAGUCUGAUUUGCGUCCUGAUUGGUUCAAAGGGGGAGGGUGCAACUUGAAAUGGAUGGCUUAAUAUUAAACAACCCUACUCCCCGCGUUUAUUGCUCAGGCAACGUCGUUUUUUAUAUUUUCUUUGUCUUCAAUACUUUUCGAAGAUAUGAAGUGUUUAGAGAAGACCCUAAGGGAAGCUGUUGUCCAAGGACAACCAAGGACGCACAGAGCGUGGAAAAAGAUUUUAAUAAUUGUUGAAGGAGUUUAUAGGUAAGUCUUAAGGAAAGUUGCUUCGUCUGCGUCGAACCUCGGAUGUCUCUUUCACCAUGUGUAAUUAGAGAUAUGUCCAGGUUUACUCUGUUUCGGAAUUUACAUUCACAAAAUUUUGCUAGAAUGUUACGAAAAUUGCGAAAAUAACGAAAUUUUGUAAGGCCGUUGACGAAAAGUGACGAGGAACUAUAAAUAAGGCCAAAUAAGGCCCUUGACGAAACAGGUGUGAAAUUAACCCAAGAGAGUCCCUACCGUUACUGCCCUACCUUUGAAGUUCCCCGCCCUUUCUCUGUCAUUUGGCUCGUUUCGUGCAAUUUCUUGAGGUACCUGUGGAGGAGUCUGAUGCUGCACAAUGUUGGCGCAUUCACAAUUUCAACACUAGUCACUGGAAUCUAACCCCUGUUGUCUUUUGCGUGAAGCUUUUCAUAGGACAACCAAAUUUUUGCACAGGUACCUCGACCGCUGAUCCAAAAAGUCUUGCAUUGCUAAGAUAUUCUGAAUUAUGAGAAUCAAUUCAUAUUAAUGAGAUGAUAAUAGAAUCGCACCAUGGAAGAUAAGUCAAGACAGUUCUUGGAUUAUGGAUUUCACGCUAUGAAUUCCGGAUUUCUUGUCAGUGGAACGUGGUCUCCGGAUUCCAAUUGUUAGCGGAUUCGGGAUUCCUUUAGCUGAAUUCCGGAUUUCAAAGCCCUGAGAUUCUUUUAGCAAAAAUUUGCUGCAUUGUGGAAUCCACAUUACCUUACAUGAGAAAAGAAAAUCAUAUACGAUCAAUCCUCUUACACACGUCAUGUGGCAAACACUGCAAGUUUUGGCUUACGAGGCAUGCAAAUUCACAUCCAAAUUUACAUCUUCAUUUUAUUUUAUUUUUUAAGCAUGGAAGGUUCAUUAGCCAAGCUUACAGAAGUAGUUGCCCUUAAAAAGAAAUACAAAGCGUAUCUUUACUUGGACGAGGCCCACAGCAUUGGUGCCAUGGGUCCUCGUGGAAGAGGCGUGACUGAUUACUUUGGAGUGGACCCUAAAGAUGUCGACAUCAUGAUGGGUACAUUUACUAAGAGUUUUGGUGCAGCAGGGGGGUACAUUGUGGCGUCUGAGGUAAGAGCCCUAGUGGCCCUGCGUAAUGUUGGCUUCUCUAUAGUGUAACAUAAAAAAUCCUGUAAACAGGGGGCGGAUCCAGAAAGUUCAGAAUGGGGCGGCGGGGACAUAUGGCAUUUAUUUAUUUAUAUAUAGAUACAAUUUUAUUUUACCGAGAAUUCUCUAAAAAUAAUACAACAUUUCACAGAAAAAUGUUUCGCCGCGGUCCACUCUCGGUCGACCUCUAAAUCCGUUUGUGGUAAAUGGUUUGAACCCAGGAGCGUGUCAUAAGUAGCUAAAAUAUGAUCGUCUUGGCGAGUGUUGUCCUGAAUAUGACUAUUGGUAGACGUGGCUGACGUUUUGAAAGCCUGUGUGAAAGUCAUUAUUAGAGCCUAAGUGAAUUGUGACUCGUCAGUGGAUAGUUCCAUUAAAAUCUCGAUAUUGACCCGAUUGCUCAAAUAGGUCGCUUUAGGUUUGGUCGUCUGUAAGUUUUGCCACAAUGUUACUGGCUGAAAGGUGUGCGUUUUGAUCCGUUUUUUGGACUCUUUUAUUUUUGUAAUUUCGGUCGUAGUAUACUCUUUUGAUAUAGUUGCAUCCAGUUUAUAAUGAUUGCUGAUUACUAUUUUCUGACUCCCCCCAAUUUUAUCGCAACAACCAAGCGUCCCCCUCGCGUUUGUCUAAAAACUAAAUGUUUAUAGAUUGUUCAACUCCCUUCUUAUCACCAAUACACGAUAACUCUUUUGUACUAGGAGAUAAUAAACCAUAUCCGUGGAAAAUCCCAUAGUGCUACAUACGCAUCCUUCAUGUCCCCACCAGUGGCGAUGCAAAUUAUAAAGUCAAUGAAAAUCAUCAUGGGAGAGGACGGUACGAAUAGAGGUAUCGACAUCCUUCCAUGCAGUCCAAAUACUGUUUAUAGAAUGACGUUCAUUCCAGUUAAAUUCUGGAUUUGAAUACAGGGCAUUUAACCUCCGAGCAAGCUCUCCAUUACGGGGAGUCUUCCCCUCCCGGCUCGCUUCUCUCGCCAUAAAUGGAGAGCUUGCUACUGUAGCAGGCUACAGAACACUGGAAUCGACAAUCAGCUACAAUCGAGCCUAGUGCUAUUCCUUCUGUAGCCUGAGAAAAUAGCCGGCACUUCGCGACGCCACCAAGGUGGUUUUCCCGCCAAAUAGGGACUUUAAGAUCUAACUACGCGGACGGCAACGAGAACGUCAAAAGAAACAAACAAUAAUUUCUAUAAGCAAAACAAUAACUUUUCACGUACAUCACGCUUUUUUGUACAUUUCUUUGCCCGUUUUUGCACUACUACGACGUGAAAAUGCAUAAUUUCGCGUUUUAUGGAAGACAUAAAAAAGCAACGACGAAAUUUUAUUUCUCUUUUUGAACUUGGAUAUGGUCCCUAGGAAUUAAAUUCCAGACCGGGGUUCCCCUACAUUUGACAAAGUAAGUGGGUAUGAAUAACUGCGAUAAAGGCUGAAAGAACGCAAAUUCACUUUUUAAGCGACGUUUUUGUUGCCUUCGCGUCGUCGGAUCUUAAUGUCCCUAAUGACGUCUGAGGGGGAACGCGCACAGAAAUUCCAUACUGAUGACGUGUCACUUACCCAUUUCUGGGGAGUAUGUCUGAUCGAUUCAAGAAAAAUUUCCCUCGCUGCACGACCAAUCAAAAGAACUACCCAGAUCUUGGUAGUGGCACGUCAUCACUAUAGAAUUUCUGUGGUCGUUUUAUUCUCAGACGUCAUUUCGCGGGGAAACCACCGUGGUAGCGUCGCAAAAUGUAGGCUGUUUUCUUUAAAUGUAAUUAACAUAAUCUCAAAAUUCUAUCCUAAAUUUAACUGGAAGCCAGUGUAAUGACUGUAAAACUGGAGUGAUGUGUGAAAAUCUAGGUAUAUUAAAAAUUAGUCUUGCUGCAGAGAUCUGAGGGCGUUGACGUUUUGUUAUAUGUAUGGAAGACCAUAUAGAAUACUGUUACAAUAAUCGAUACGUCCUAUUGUUAGUGCAAGAACCAAUGUUUGUCUUGCUUUGGUACUUAAAUAUUUUCUUAUACGCCUGACAUUUCUAAGAUGGUUAUACGCGGCUUUACAUGUGUUAUAUUUUAGUCAUCCUGUAGGCUAAGAUUAAUGUCAAUCCUAGCCUGAAUCUCAGACGAUUACUUUAAGUCGUUUUUACUCCCUCAAAGAAACGACUCGAAGUAAUCGUCUGAAAUUCAGGCUAUGUCAAUCCAAGUUCCUAAAUUUUUAUCGGCGGAAACAAAGGGUCGGUACACGAGCAUCCCCAACUGUAAGACAGUCAACUUGAACCCUUGCCAAUUGCUGUCGCGCACCUAUAAUGAUAACUCUUGUCUUAUCGUCAUUAAUCUUGAAUUUAUCACACAACAUCUAACUCUCGCGAACGCAGAGCUCCAUAGCAGAAAUAGCUUCGUUAGCAGUCAAGGCACAGUCAGCCGGCUUAAAGGCUAAAUGCGUGUCGUCUGCAUAAGCAUGUACAUUUAGCAAGUGUCGUUUGACCACAAAUAAUUGUUGCUAUGAAUUGUUUUGUUUUCAAUCAUACUAGGUAGACAAAGGAUUACGGCCUUGGCAGAGAAUAGCAGGUAAGCGUAAAAUGUCAUGAAAAUUUGGAUACAAUUUCACAGGCAGUUUCAACGGUAUGAGAAAGAAGGAAGGUCCCGAAGACGCUUUUUGAGAUUAGCAAAAGUGGUGGAACUAAUAGUGGUGGAGAUAGAUAUAUGACUUUUGAUUCAGUACAAAGAUAAAUAAAAGCUUAGUUAAAAUUUCUAAAGAAUAUAAAUGCUUUAGAUUUGAACCUCGCUCUUACACGCCGCUGUUUAACAGGUACUUUAGACAAAGAUUGAAAGACAUGGGAUUUAUCGUGUAUGGCCAUGAAGCUUCAGCAGUGGUGCCCAUUCUUCUUUACUUGCCGGCAAAAUGCGUGUAAGUCAAGCUUUAACUUUAUAGAAGAUUUAUUUCUUGUCUUAUUGAAAUGUUGCUUAAUGUCUUUCUGCACUUUUGCAUGCGUAUGCGAAGAUGUUUUUGCAUCUGUCCCAAGUGUUGUCACUCACAAUCCAUCUAUACUCUCUUUCAGCGCCUUCUCUAGGGAAUUGUUGAAAAGAAACAUAGCUGUAGUAAUAGUUGGGUUUCCUGCCACCUCCAUAAUCGAAGCCCGGGCGAGAAUCUGUCUCUCAGCAUCACACUCGAGAGAAAUGUUAGACAGGGUAAGCUAA